AUGUUCACUGAAGCUCGAGCUACAUUCAAUGAUAUAGUAAGGAUGCAAAUUCCAUAUGAUUGUGCUACAAUUAGAGUUAUAAUUCGUGGGAGUUGCCAUGAAGGUAAAGUUGAAGAAGCUGCAGAGUAUUUUUGGGAUGCAAAGGCAAAUGGGAUUGAACUCGAUGCAAUAACAUAUAGUACAGCUAUUCAUGCUAUUUGCAAGAAACCAGAUGCCAUGUCAGCAUGUGCAUUGUUGAAUGAGAUGAAGGAAAAAGGAUGGGUUCCUUCUGAGGGAACUUAUACUAAUGUCAUUGUAGCUUGUGUGAAACAGAAGUAUAUGAUAGAUGCAUUAAGGUUAAAAGAUGAAAUGGUUGAUAAUGGUGUUCCUAUGAAUAUAGUAGCUGCCACAAGUUUGAUGAAGGGGUACUGUGUUAAUGGAGAUCUUCAUAGUGCUUUGGAUUUGUUGGAAAAGAGUGUUGAAAAUGGUCUUUGUCCAAAUAGGAUCACAUACUCGAUUCUUAUUGAAGGGUGCUUCAACAAUGGUGAUUAUGAAAAAGGUUUUGAAUUAUACAACCGAAUGAAAAACGAAGGUAUAAAACCAAAUGUUUACAAUGUCAAUUCUUUGAUAAUAAGGUAUUUUGAGGCUGGUUUGAUAAAAGAAGCUAUUAACCUCUUUGAUGAAGCUAUUGAAAGUGGUAUUGCAAAUGUAUUCACAUACAACAAUCUUAUUUCAUGGUUUUGUAAAGUGGAUAAAUCGAAUGAAGCUUAUAAUAUGUUUGAAAAGAUGAUGAAAAAUGGAGUUUCUCCAAGUAUUGUUACAUACAACAACAUUAUACUCGGUUAUUGCAAAAGUGGUGACAUGGAUGUUGCAUUGGAUGUGUUUAACAAGAUGCAAGAAAAUGGUUUGAAACCUAAUGUUGUCACUUAUAGUAUUUUAAUCGAUGGGUAUUUUAGGAAAGGCAAAAAGGAGGAAGCUUUGACUAUCUUUGACCAAAUCUUUGAGUUAGGGUUUCUUCCAUCUGACUACACGUUCAAUAUACUCAUUAAAGGUUUAUCCAAACUUGGUCAAACAUCCGAGGCUUGUUUAAUGUUGGAAAAAGUCAAGAAAAUGGGGUUCAAUCCACAUUGUAUGACAUAUAAUAGCAUUAUAGAUGGAUUUAUCAAAGAGGGUAGUCUUAAUUCCGCAUUAGCUAUUUAUACUUCAAUGCAUGAAUCGGGUGUUACCCCUAAUGUUUUCACAUACACAUCUUUAAUAUAUGGAUUUUGCAAAUUCAAGAACAUGGAUCUUGCUUUGAAAAUGAGAAAUGAGAUGAAAAACAAAGGACUUGAAUUAGAUAUUGUAACAUACGGUGUUUUGAUAGAUGGAUUUUCCAAAAAUCGGGACAUGGGAAGUGCAAAUGAAAUCUUUAAUGAGAUUCGUCAAGUGGGAUUAUCUCCAAAUACAACGGUUUACAAUUCCAUGAUUAGUGGAUUUAGGAAUCUUGAUAACAUAGAACAAGCUCUUGUUUUUCACAAAAAGAUGAUAAAUGAGGGGAUUUUAUGCGAUUUGGCUACUUACACUACAUUGAUUGAUGGAUUGCUUAAAUCAGGGAGAAUAAUUUGUGCUUCUGAAUUGUAUUUAGAGAUGCUUGCAAAGAAUAUAGAGCCAGAUGUUAUUAUGUAUACGGUUUUGGUCAACGGUUUAUGUAACAAAGGUCAACUAGAAGAUGCAAGGAAAAUCUUGGAAGAGAUGGGUAGGGAGGGUAGGGUUCCUAAUGUGGUUAUUUAUAAUUCAUUGAUUGGAGGGUAUUUUAGGGAAGGAAAUUUGCAAGAGGCUUUUAAGUUGCAUGAUGAGAUGCUUGAUAGAGGUCUUGUACCCGAUGAUAAAACUUAUGAUAUUCUUGUUAUGGGUAAAGUCAAAGAGGGUGAGUCAACUUCUUUCAAGUCAACAUGA